CCUGCGUCAUCGGCUCAGGAAAGGAGUCAACAUGGAUACUGCCUCAAGGAAAGACAUUUCUCUUAUUACUAUGACAGUGAAGUGGUUAAAUCUGGCUGGACCAAGUGGAAAACCAACCACAGAUCUACAGUUGGCUCUUCAGACUUGGUUCAACAAAAACAAAACAGGCACAACUUGCUCAGUUUUAAGCCAAUUAGACGAUGGGAGCUUCAUGAUAAAGAUUGAGCCUGCUUCAACGUGGAGUGAGUUUAAAAAACUAAAUGGACAAACACUGACCAGGAAAGAUAAAACAGCAACAGUAACGUCUAUUAAUGGAAGAUCACAACAGCAGGAAACACAAACAUCAGAGGCUGCAUCAGUGAACCUUCAUCCUUCAUCUACAUUACAGAAGGAUGAUGUGGAAAUAGAUAAAGUCAAACACAAUGCUUUCAGUGGUGCAGCAGAUUCUACAGCUGAAGAGCUGACAUGUGUUCUACCAUUCUCCUAUUUCUGGUACAUGAGCCAAGUCUUCAAAGAGCAACUUCAACAUAUAGAGGAAGCGACUGGAGUUAAAAUCACAGCUGAAGAAAAGGUGACAUUUGGAUCAAGUGGAGACCAGCAAAAGGCUUUGUCUGAGUUCAUAAACCUUUACCAGAAAAGCUUACGUGAAUUCAGUUUCAAAGCUGUUCCUGUCAAGGACGUACAUACAGAGGCCUGGAGCAACACAAAGAAAAUCACCCAGAAAAGUGAUAACAAGGUUUUAGUUCAACACUUCAACAAUUCUGUUGGCCAAUCCACUGAUCCUGAGUUUAAUGCACAGCUGGCGUCCGGUAAAGACAAAGACGAAGCAGCAGGAGACGAUGAAGAUGAGAAGUGUUGUAUUUGCAUGGAUGCGUUUAAAGAUAAAAGACGACUCAAGUGUAAACAUGAGUUUUGCAGCGAAUGUCUGAAGAAAUCAGAAGAAAGUCUGGGACCCUUGUGACCACUCUGCAAGGAUGUGUUUGGUGUUAAUGUGGAGCAUCGGAAGCUGAGCGCUGCCUCCUAUGAUGGACAUUUACACAGUAGCAGGUCUAAGUUUAGUGCUCACUUCAAUGUUUCACAAACAGAUGUCUGUAAAGAGAAGGUAGAAGUUAAAGUUUGUUACAGACGACCUGCAGGAAACGCUUUAAAAAAGAGCCAUGGUGUCAGAGCUAGCAGAGGUAUGCUUCAUAUGUGUCAGCGCCAAACGUCUCCCAUCCCUCUAACCCACCUCCAAGGAGCCAGUGGGUUCAGUGGGUCAAUAAAGAACCAAAAGUAUGGUUCUAAAUCGGAGGGGUCGUCCACUGAUCCUGAGUUUAAUCCACAGCUGGUGUCUGUUAAAAACAAAGACGAAGCAGCAGGAGACGAUGAAGAUGAGAAGUGUUGUAUUUGCAUGGACACAUUUAAGGAUAAAAGACGACUCAAGUGUAAACAUGAGUUUUGUAGCGAAUGCCUGAAGAAAUCAGAGGAAAUGGGGGGACCCUUCUGUCCAGUCUGCAAAGAUAUAGAUAUAUAGAGUGAAACCAACCAGAUGGACAAAUGACAUGGAGAAAAUCUACCUCAUCCCUCCCUGGGUUUUAUGACUGUUGCACCAUAGAAAUCAACUAUGAUAUUCCAACUGGAAAACAGACAGACAAACAUCCCAAUCCUGGACAGUUUUAUUUUGGUAUUAACAGAACAGCAUAUCUGCCACACAACAAAGAGGGUAACGAGGUUCUGGAACUGCUGAAAAGAGCUUUUGACAAGAAGCUUAUUUUCACUGUUGGGAGUUCCAGAACAACUGGGCUGGACAACCAAGUGACCUGGAAUGACAUUCAUCACAAGACAUCAAUAUAUGGAGGACCACAGUGUUUCGGGUAUCCUGACCCCGACUACCUGUUCAGAGUCAAAGAGGAGCUGAAGGCCAAAGGCAUCAAGUGACGGGUUGGAGGAAGUGGCUGCUGGAAACUGCUGUCAAAUAAUUACUGGGCUGAUCCUAAUGUUAAGCAGAACGUGUUUUCUCAUUUAUAUUAUUCAUCAUUAAGAAUUGUUGUAGACAAGACAAGAAUUUAAUAAUUAUAUGUUAAUGCAUGUGUUUGACUUUCUGUCUACCGGGAACAUGAUCAGGUUUAAGGUUUGUGUUUGUCUAAUAAAUGUUAAAACACA